GUUGGCGAGGUAUGCCUGUGUGAACAUGUCAGUGUCCCUGCCUGCCUCUACGUAUGUACGGAUCUGCUUAUCAGCAGCCUGGUCUCAUUUCCCUUAUUGCCCUGGCUACGGGAUGUAAUGAAGGUAGCGUUGCUGUAUCGUACGCAUGGGUACAUAUCGCGGCCGUCACCCUUCACCCUUCCAUCAUUGCCCUUCCCACGUCCCUUUUGGAUUUCCUCCCGCCAGCCGGCAGAAAAGGCUUACGAGGCUGGGAUAUAUAAACCGAAUAGAGGGAGCGAAAGAGAGAGAGAUGAAAGAUUGCGAUUUCGCCAUCCUAGAGUCCCUAGGCAUAAUCUAGAUUCCGAACUGCCUGACAUCUGCCUUGGAGCCCGCCUGCUUCGGCACACCCCCCUCUCGGCCUCUCAGUCUCUGAAUAUACCCGGGUAUAUAGGCAUAAGCGUAUACCUAGCUCCUCAGAUCGACCCGACUUACACGGUCGACUUCGGAAACCGACUCAUCACACACACACCCGCACUAUAUACCUAUAUAGACUACAGGCGAACGCGAACGCGGGGUGCGAUUCCCACCAACCAACGCAUCAUGCCCCGCACCAAGAACCACCGCUCGAAGGCCGGCGGCGAGCUGCUGGCCGUCACGGCCGUGAUCCGCGAAGCGUACGGCGAGCAGCGCACGGGGCCGGGCUUCUUCGGCGCGCCGUCGCCGCCGGCGCGGUCCCUCUCCCUCUCCCCCGCGCCCUCGGCCGACGAGGGCCCGGCGGAGCUCCCGGCGCACCCCUUCGCCGACGACACCCCCGCCGCCGACGACAGCAGCCGGGACGCGUCGCCGCACCGCUGGCAGCAGCAGCAGGAGAUCCUGCCCGAGGGCGCCACGCGCCGGCGGGGCAGCAACACCAGCAGCGCCGGCGCCGACACGCAGCGCGAGGCCGCGGCCGUGGCGCCACCACCUAGUAGCGGCGGCGGCGGGUUCAUCUCGUCGCUGAUGUGGCGCCUGCGCACGCGCCGCGCCGCGCGGCAGACGCGGAUCGUGGCCAGCGGGUGGGACGCGAUGCGGGACCCGCGGGUGCCGCAGGCGGCGGGGCGCGACGACUACGGGAACCUGUACCUGAGCGCGCCGUGGGCGGCGGGGGACGUGCUGGGGCUGCACGCGACCGCGGCGGCGGCGGACAGCGACGGCGAGGGCGAGGGCGAGGGCGGCUGGGACGACGACGACGACGAGGCGGGCGCCCGGAUGCGGCGCGCGGCCGAGAUGGUCCAGAUCGGCGGCAGCCUGCGCGACGAGAUAUGGCGUGCCGCGCUGGGCUUGCCCCCGGCGCCGCCGCCCCGGCCACGUGCCGACUGCGCCGUCGUCGAGCUCGAUGCUGACCGCGCCGACGCGUUCCCGCCGAACUACGAGGUUGCGAUCGCUAUGGCUGGGCUUACCUGCGAACGGGUAGGGGGGUAUUAAGGCUCCGUUAAGGUAUAUACCUACUUGUCAGCCUACCUACCUGGUAGGUAGGCGUGAAGGCGAGGGGAGAGGCGGCUGUUGCGAGUGGUGCAGGGAGGGGAUAGAUACCUAGCCGUAGACAAUCGGCUCAGGGCCCGGUGCCGGCUAGUGUGCAGCUCAUUCAUGGAGCACGAAUUGAUACCCGAAUACAAGAAUUUGUAAUAAUUUACUAUUGUAGUCUAUCACUGUCUCUGCUCCUCCUCAAGGCCCGGCGUGGGGUGACAGGCGAUAUUUGUGAGUAUCGUCGUAAAAUAGGUUGUGAUGCUCGCUCGAAAACCUACCGCACU